GAUUUAGCUGAUCGAUCUUGUUGUGGUGGUCGCAAUCAGUGGCGGGUAGAGGGUGGUGGCGGUUGCGGCCAAGAAGGCCAACGAGAGUAAAAGAGUUGGCACUUUGCGGCCAUUGCGGCACCAUCUCUCUCUCUCUCCCGCCUUCAAGCCAUAUCUGACCACUAAAAUAUGCACAUGGAUGUAUAGUUAUCUGGAGUGGCUUGGGUUCUAUAUAUAUUUAACUCCACUGACUAGCCCUUUAUCCCCUCCCUAGCUCUCCAUCGCCAAUUUGCCUUCCUCGACUCACAAGGUAUACCUUUUUGGAGAGAAGCAGCAGCUCGUAGGGGUUCCAAACGAAGAUUUUGAACUAAAUUAAAGGAAAUGGAAGCCUUUUCUCAUGUUCCCCCUGGUUUUCGUUUUCACCCGACUGAUGAAGAACUUGUUGAUUAUUAUCUUAGAAAAAAAGUGGAGUCAAGAAGGAUUGAUCUUGAUAUUAUAAAAGAUGUAGAUUUAUAUAAAAUUGAGCCAUGGGACCUUCAAGAAAAAUGCAAGAUAGGAGUAGAAGAACAAAAUGAUUGGUACUUCUUUAGCCACAAAGACAAGAAGUAUCCGACUGGGACUCGUACAAAUCGAGCAACAACAGCUGGAUUCUGGAAGGCAACGGGAAGAGACAAGCCAAUUUAUACAAACAACAAUUUGAUAGGCAUGAGGAAGACAUUGGUAUUCUACAGAGGUCGAGCGCCAAAUGGGCUAAAGUCGGACUGGAUCAUGCAUGAGUAUCGUCUCGAAACAAAUGAGAAUGCACCUCCUCAAGAGGAGGGAUGGGUUGUGUGUAGGGUUUUUAAGAAGAAAAUCGCUGCCAUGAGAAUUGAAAAUGAACACUAUUCAUCUUUCUGGUAUAAUGACUACAUGUCCUUACCUAAUUUCGAUUCCACAAAUCAACAUGACUCACACUUGGAGAUGGAAUACCACCAACAUCAUCAACUUUUCAAUUGCAAGCCAGAGGUAGAGAUGCACCACCAAUUGCCGCAUGAUUCCUUCCUACAACUUCCCCAGCUUGAGAGCCAUGUUUACAUCAACCAAGCAAGUCCUCUCCAACCAUCCAACAUGGAUGAACAAAUGCAUUCAAACAAGCACCUUCAACUCAUCUCGACAUAUGCUACUGAUAUCACCAGAGAUACUAAGGAAGCAGGCGAGAAUAUAACAGAUUGGAGGGCUCUUGAUAAGUUUGUUGCAUCACAACUCUGCCAUGAUGAGAUCUACAAAGAAUGCAUUUUCUCCAAUUUAUCUGCUGAUGUUCAAACAUCAAAAAAGUGUGACGGAACUACCAAAUCCACUUCGACUUCCAACUUAAUUGAAUUGUGAAAGUAAAAAAAAAAAGACAUUAAUAAAAAUAUACAUAUAUACACAUAACAUACUAAUUCUAGGAUUCAAAUAAGUUUCAAAAGAGAACCAUACAUUUGUGUACAUAUAUAAUAAGCAAAAGUUGUUAGGAGGUUGAGGUUGGUUCUUACAAUUAUUAUGAAUUUCUUCCUCACUAAGAACAUUGUAUGAGAUUGAUUUAUUGUGAAGAAGGCUUG